GUAUCUGGGGUGGGUACCUGAAAGGCUAAGGUUACCCUGGUAUGUCAAGGGCUCCCUGGGACAGGACUAUAUAACCCCAGAGGGACUGCCCCAGGCUUAUUCUCUGCCUGUUUCCAGCUGGAGCCACUGCCUUGCCUCCAGGAGAUCUAAGACAUGGCACCCAAGAAGGCCAAGAGAAGGGCAGCAGCAGAAGGCAGCUCCAACGUCUUCUCCAUGUUUGACCAGACUCAGAUCCAGGAGUUCAAGGAGGCUUUUACCGUAAUUGACCAGAACCGGGAUGGCAUUAUUGACAAGGAGGACCUUCGGGACACCUUCGCAGCCAUGGGCCGCCUCAAUGUGAAGAAUGAGGAGCUGGAUGCCAUGAUGAAGGAAGCCAGCGGACCCAUCAACUUCACUGUCUUCCUGACCAUGUUUGGGGAAAAGCUCAAGGGUGCUGACCCUGAGGAUGUGAUCACCGGAGCCUUCAAGGUCCUGGACCCUGAGGGGAAGGGUACCAUCAAGAAGCAGUUCCUGGAAGAACUGCUUACCACGCAGUGUGACCGCUUCUCCCAGGAGGAGAUCAAGAACAUGUGGGCAGCCUUUCCCCCAGAUGUGGGCGGCAACGUAGACUACAAGAACAUCUGCUACGUCAUCACGCACGGUGACGCCAAGGACCAGGAAUAGGGUACCCUCUUAGGCGCAGGAGACCUAGCUAGAGUUCUAGCCAAUUCAGCUCUCACCCCACCCCCAAUAAAAUUCAACUGGUCUUUGUUUCUUAUAGGCA